CUUUUGUCCUGCUUUAGCGGUACUCGCGCGCAUGUUAAGGAUGAGUGAGAAUGUCGCUGGCGUCACAUUGGUCGCUUUUGGUAAUGGCGCACCAGAUAUAUUCAGCAGCCUAGCUUAUCUCGAAAGCAAUACGCAUCGUUUGUACGCAGAUAUUUUCGCUUCCGCACUCUUUGUGGUCCUCAUUGUGGCUGGCGUUAUCUUUUAUGGUUUUCCAUUUGUGGCACAACCCUAUUUACUGUUACGCGAUGUGCUCUUCCUUCUACUCGAUAUUUGUGUUAUCGAUUUUAUAAUUAAGAAAGAUAAUGCUCUAUCCUUGCUUGAUAGUGUGAUCACACUUUGUAUUUACUUUUGCUACUUAUUUGUGGUCAUAUUUGAUCAGUAUCUAGUGCGACGCGCCACAAAGAUAUUGCAAUACAGAAGGAAUACCUUGAAGAGACUCUCCAAUAUGGAACUUAUUCGUCUCAAUGACCUGCGUACACAGGGUGUGAUUCGGCAGCAAAAGCGGUUGUCUUUUUUGGAUCGUCGUGAACCAAGUGUCAUAUAUGCAGAUUCAAUGCAUUCGACCUUACCAACACUUUGGCAACAAUUCUAUUUAAGCCUCAAGCCAUAUGAUGAAAGCGAAUGGGAAGGCGCCAAAAUGCCGACGAAAGGCUUCAUUAUAUUGCGUUUGCCGAUAUUGGCUAUACUCAAGAUAUUCAUACCAAUCACCGAUCAAGGCGAAGAAGGACACGGCUGGUCCCGGCUCUUGAAUUGCGCACAAAUAGUCUUAUUGCCAUCGUUUAUUUGCUAUGCUACCCUGAGCAAGUAUUCUUUAUUUGAUUUACCCAUUUUCGUAUGGUCCAUGUUGAUAGCAUUUCCAAUAGCAUGUAUAGUGUUUGUUAAAUCGACCACGAAUCGUACACCACUUUAUCAUCAGUAUUUCUCCAUUCUCAGCGUGGCCGGUUCGCUAUUCGUUGUGCGCAUUUGCUGUGCAGAGAUCGUCAAUGUGCUCGCUGUUCUCAGCAUCUUUACUGGUUUGAGUAGUUCCUUUUUUGGCGUCACGCUCUUAUCUUGGGCAAAUAGCAUUGGUGACUUGAUUGCUAAUCAAUAUUUGGCUCGACAAGGCUAUCAAAAUAUGGCACUCGCCGCUUGCUUCGGUGGACCUCUAUUCAAUUCUCUACUGGCGGUUGGCUCAACUUUGCUAUAUAAAACGCUAACAUAUGAGGACUUUAUGAUUAAGGAAUUUGGUGAAGGUGUGAUGGGCGAGAAUUGCACUAUAUUCCUUAUAAUAGGCUUGUUUGCCAUUUUACUGGGUGCUCUCACCACAGACUUUUAUUUUCGCCCCAGUUUCGGUGUUUAUGUUAUAAUUAUGUAUUGCUGUUUUUUCUUAUAUAAUAUUCUUGGUGAAUUUGAAGUGAUACAUCCAUAUGGCACCGAUCACAGAAUGGAUCAGGCCAUCGAACCGGAACUUUAA